GCCAUAGGAAUGAAUAGCCGUAGACAACUCUCCAAACGGAUAACAGACGUUACUAUUAAUUGCAGAAAGCUAUACUUACUUACUUACCAGAGCUUCCAUAAGGGCCACCGAUGGCCGCUCUUAACCUUGGCAUCGCCACCUCCACCACCAUCACUUUCCGUGCAAGGCCACUGACGAGAACCGCUCGCAGGCCUCGAAUCUCCUGCAUCGGUUGGGAUCCAGAGGGCGUAUUUGGUCCUCCACAGACGGGCCAUCUCGCUCGGCGCGAGUUUCAAAGACGUCUGGAGAGAGACGCCGAGGCUCGUGAAGCUUUCGAGCAACAAGUUCGCGAAGAGAAAGAGCGUCGCCGAGCUCUUCGCGAAUCUCGGAUAAUUCCGGAUACUCCGGCGGAGCUUAUUGAGUACUUUCUCGACACUGAGGCUCAGGACAUUGAGUUUGAAAUCGCCAGGAUGAGGCCGAGAUUGAAUAAGGAGUUUUUCUCGAAGAUAGAAUUUGAACUUGGGCAGCUUCGGUUUGCUGUUUCAAGAACAGAGGAUAUGGAGGACAGAUUGAUUGAGCUGGAGGCAUUACAGAAGGCUCUGCAGGAAGGAACAGAAGCCUAUGAUAAAAUGCAAGUUGAUCUUGUAAAUGCAAGGAAAAGUUUAACUGAAAUCUUGACAUCGAAGGAUGUAAAAGCAACUUUAUUGGAGAUGGUUGAGCAAAAUAAAAUCAACAGAUCCUUGUUGACUCUUCUUGAUGAGAAUAUUGCAAGUGCCCACCAAAGUAACCAGAAAGACGCAGCAGCUUUCAUGGAAAAGCUUCGGGCAGCUGUGCUCAAGUACAUGACAGUUUAGCACUGCAGUGGUAAAUAAUAUCGCCUCUGUCAAGUUGGACGCACUGCUGAUUGCUCCGAUUGAGGAUAAUCACAAAUCUAGUAUUCAUUGGUUUAAAUUAAAUUUCAGAGUCAAAAAGUUGAGAGAGGUAGAUGGAGUAUAGUAUAGAGUCUUGCUUUCAUGACCAGUUUUUUACGCGUGCUCAGGAACAUUGUUAUCCCAACACUAGAUUGGUUAUGGUACUGAAUCGAAAUUUUUGCUAAAAGUUUUUGUUGAACUUCAUCCAGUUUAAGAUUCAUUUCGUUAGCCUGA